UGUGGCUUUCGUAAUUUGCACAAUAUUGUAAUAUUAGCAGUUGCAAUUAAAGUUUCUCACGUGUGACAAUAGGAGUCUGAGGUUAUAACUGAUAUGGCACCGCACAAUAUUAACGGGUUUCCUGCCGUAAGGACUGUCAACUCGUCAGAAUUCUGUCGCUACAAUAUCAAAAACAGCAACGGGUUUCCUGCAAUUCCGGACGCGCAUUUUCUAUGCGGAAAAAAGCUGUUAUUUAGAUAAUCGUUUUGGAUCAGUAAGUAUAUAUUCGUUACCGGAGCGGAUCCAGAUUUUUAACCGUCCAGGGACUUGCAACAUUACUGCAAAUUGCAGAAACGCUUCUGACCAUACAAAACGGAGUUUUCACCCAACUCGGCAGUACUUAAAACAGCAACAACAACAAAGUUGCUCUAAAGUCUCAAAAUCUGGAUUCAUAAUCUGACUAAUACAACAAUAACAGAAACAGCAGCCAUUACGACCGCAAGCGAAUCCAUGAGGAAGAUUAACAAACGUGCAACUGACCUUCCUGCGUUAGCGAAGACUCUAAUACAUCGAAAUACGAGUUUGUUGUUGCCUUAUAUGUAUAUAUUUUGACGCUAAGCAAGAUUUUAAUGUCAGCUUCGCGUCACCAAGGUUUGAAUUUAAUUUCCAAAUUGAAUAAUAUUCAUGUGGAGGAUUUACAAUAUGUGGAGCAGGAUUUGUGCUAUUACGAAUUGGUGUCCUUGGGCUUUUUGCUGUUUGGCGAUGAACGCGCAAACGCUGAAUUCGCGCUACAAAAAUUACUAAUACUCUCCAAUACGCACAAGGGACGCAGUUGCGGUGGCGCUGAUUUGCUCACCAAAUACAUUAGCGUUAAUCCACGCAAUUGGCGCGCUCAGUUAGUGGAAGCUUUGUCUAUAAUAGGCGCUCGACGAGUCUUACGAAAAUUGGGUUUCGACUGGAAUGAGUUGCACCAGCACUAUCUGCCCCACAUUGGCGAACUAAGCGUGCAUGUGCAUCCACUGCUGAAGGCGUUAUAUCGCAUAUGUGAACGUUUAAAACCUGCGCAAGCGGGGCAAUUAGUAUUACGCGUGAAUGAGCAACAUAAGGGGCCAGGAGAGCAUCUACGUUUUUAUGAUUUUGCAUAUUUGGAAAUAUUUCUAUUAGACUGGCUAUCGCGGCGCAUUAUUACAUUGGGCGAUGGUGUUGCAAAUGGUGCAGAUGUUGAUGUGUUGCUAGAAUUUUUCAAAUUUAACGAUUUGGAUGCAUUAAAGACACUUCUUCUCGAAACAAUUGUAAAUAACGCAGAUUCUAAACGCAUGCGCAAUAACGCAAAUAUCAGUGCGGAUAAUGUGGCAGCGAGCACUGGAAAUAGUAACAAAUAUUCUGCUGAGAAAAACACAAAUACCAUGCAAUCAGAUGCAAACGCAGCUACCUCAGUGCGUAGUUGUGAUUUAACCAUAAAUGAAAGAUACGAGGUGCGCCACGAGAGCGCUGGCAUACUAUUGAUAAUCAAUCAAUUAAAUUUCCACGAAGACCCCGAUCCUGCAUUGAAAAAAUUACUACCAAAAAAAUCACUCUCACCACGUCAUGGUUCGAAUAUGGACAAGGACCGCUUGAAAGACGUUUUUUCGCUUUUCGGUUACAAGCCAAAAGUGUUCGAAGAUCUUACACAUCUUGAACUAAUGCAUCGCAUACGGGAAACAGUCAAAUUAUCUUUUCAAUUUGAUUCGCUAAUCGUUUGCAUACUCUCCCAUGGCACCGAAGGUUCUGUAUAUGGUAGCAACAGCAUACCUGUGGAAAUAUCAGAAAUCGAGCAUAUAAUAACCGGCGACACGCUAGUUGGCAAGCCCAAACUACUUAUCAUUCAAGCAUGUCAGAAAGAUGAAUCGCCUAUAAAUGAACGCCACAAACCCAACGUGGAGCCACAUCGUUUCAGCGACUUGGUAAAAGCUAUGUCCACAGUGCCCGGCUAUUCGGCAAUGCGCCAUACGCUUGAAGGCACCUGGUUUAUACAGGAACUUUGCGAUGCUGUUCACCGUUUUGGCGAUCGUCGUCACAUUGUCGAUAUUUUAAUUGCUGUUAAUCGCAAAGUGAGCGAGCGGCGCGGGAAUAAAAACGAAAUAAUGAUGCCCAUUUCGAGUUACACGCUGCGCAAAUUUUUCUUUUUGCCGCCGCGUAAGUCACUUCUAGCAGCAGUCUAACACGCUUGCCAGUAAGUCCAAUACGAGUAGCAAAUGUGACAAUUAGCUUAUGUUCAGUUGUAAUUAGCGAGUAAUUGUAGUAUCAAAAUGUUUUGAAAUUAAUUGUUGAAAUUAAGUAGCUGUUGUAACAUAAGAAGGUAAAUUGUUAUUUUAGUAUGCAUGCUAUAUGUAUUAUGAAUUUUGAUAGAAAUAUAUUUUUAUAAAUAAAGAUUUGAAGCAUUUAUGCAACGUAAAUGUAAUGUGUCAUAGCAAAUUGCUACAAUUUAGUAUGUAUAAAAGUAUUGUUUUAUGUAAUAUAAUUGAUUCCAUUUGCAAGACAAUUCAAGUGUUUAAAGAAACAAUAGGAAAUUGAUAUGGAUAUUACCCCCUUUUGUGCUAAGAGUCAUUAAAACAUCACCGGAAUUCCAAAAUAAAUUACAGUUACAAAUA